GCGUCGCCGUCCCUCGGGUUGGUGGGAGAGACAGGCCCUUACCCCGCCCCUUGGGCUCCAACCCUCUUCAUUUAAAACACAAAGUUGAGGAUCCAGCGGUUGUUAACUCCGAAGUCUUAGGCCCUUCCUUCGGGCCUUUGCUCCCUGAGGACUUCGAGCCUCGCGCAACUCAGGGAUUUGGGGAGGCGCGAGCCAGGAGGAGGCCGGAACGAUUCCUUCGCGGAACCUUUGGGGCGAGGCCUCGGGGAGCGCGAGGACAGGAACGGACCGCGGCGGACCCGACUAGACUGGCAGGGAUGGCGGCGGCGGCGGCCGACGCGGGGCAGGGGGGCGCCGUCUCGGUGGACCUGCGGCACGAGCGGCGCAUGGUGUGUGUGGAGUACCCGGGCCUGGUGCGCGACGUGUCCAAGAUGCUGCUGACCCUGGGCGGCGAGGAAAGCGUCUCCCGGGUCUAUGCGGACCCCAGCAAGAGGCUGGAGCUCUACUUCCGGCCCAAGGACCCUUACUGCCACCCCGUGUGUGCCAACCGCUUCAGCACCAGCAGCCUGCUGCUCCGGGUCAAGAGGCGGCGGCAGCGGGGGGGCGCCGGGGCCGAGGCCCGCCUCGACCUGCAGGUCCUUGGCCUUGUCGCCACCGUCUACAAGUUUCAAGGGCUGUCCGACUUCCAGUACCUGGCGGUGCACACGGAGCCGGGCGGCCGGCAGGUGUCCAUGUACGACAAGGUGCUCAUGCUCAAGCCCGAGAAGGAGAGCUUCUUCCACCAGGAGCUGCCGCUCUACAUCCCGCCGCCCAUCUUCUCGCGGCUCGACACCCCCGUGGACUACUUCUACCGCCCGGAGACGCAGCACCGGGAAGGCUACAACAACCCCCCGAUCUCAGGCGAGAACGUGAUCGGCCUGAGCAGGGCCCGGCGCCCCCACAACGCCAUCUUCGUCAACUUCGAGGACGACGGGGUGCCCGCGCAGCCCCUGGAGGCCGCAGUGCAGACGUGGAAGAAGGUCUGCACCAACCCCCUGGACCAGAAGGUGGAGAAGGAGCUGAGCAAGCUGUUUGAGAUCCGUCCCAUCUGGUCGCGUAACGCCGUCAAGGCCAACAUCAGCAUCCACCCCGACAAGCUCAAGGUGCUGCUGCCCUUCAUGGCCUAUUACAUGAUAACUGGUCCCUGGAGAAGCCUGUGGAUUCGAUUCGGGUACGACCCCCGCAAACACCCGGAGGCCAAGAUUUACCAAGUCCUUGACUUCCGGAUCCGCUGCGGGAUGAAGCACGGCUACACCCCCAGUGACAUGCCUGUCAAGGCCAAGCGCAGCGCCUACAACUACAGCCUCCCCAUCACCAUCAAGAAGACACCCAGCCCGCUCGUCACCAUGCAUGACCUGAAGCAGGGCCUGGCCCCCUCCCGGAUGAUCAGUGCACGGAGGUCGGCCUCCAACAACUACAAGCUUAAGGACUCCAUCUAUAUCUUCCGGGAGGGGGCCUUGCCGCCAUACCGCCAGAUGUUCUACCAGUUAUGCGACCUGAACGUGGACGAGCUGCAGAAGGUCAUUCACCGCAAUGACGGGGCCGAGGGCCCCUGCACAGAGCGGGACGGGUGGUGCCUGCCCAAGACCAGCGACGACCUCAGGGACGCCAUGUCCCUCAUGAUCCGGCAGAUCAUCCGCUCCAAGAGGCCCGCUCUCUUCUCCGGCCCGGACAAAGCUGACAGCGGGAAAGAACAGCUGACCUGCGACUCUGGGGAGGACGAGGAGGAGGAGGACGAGGACGAGGAGGAGGAGGAGGACUUCAAGCCGUCCGACGGGAGUGAGAACGAGAUGGAGACGGAGAUUCUGGACUAUGUGUGACACAGCUCUGGGUCCCCCCCAACCAGGCCUGACGGGGAGACAGGCCGCCAGGGCCCCCAGUGCUGCCUGCGGCAGCCAGCAUGGCCCUGGGAGGCCCCCUGAGGAAAGCCGGGUGCGGCCCUGGUUCUGCCCUUGACCUGUCGCCUGGAGCUGCCCUCUGGCCCUGGGUGCUUGGGGACUUCCCGAAGGCUGGGCCCUGCUUCACAGCCACGAGCCAGCCCCGUGUCCAGCAGGCUGAGCCGGCGCCCGGCGCCUCCUUCCAGCUGAAACCAGCCAGAGCCGGAGGUGGCGGUGCGGGUCCGGCUGGUCUCAGGCCUGGCGGCAGGCACGGGCGACAGGCCCGGUCCAUGGUGGCAGGUGGCUGAAGACUGCCUUUGGGAUUGGACCUCGUUCAUUUGGGGUGGCCCGACAAAAGGCAGGCCCCGCUGGAAUUGUCCUUAUUAAACACACUUUCCCAAGGA